CAUAUCUUGCAGUCCCCACCCUUUGCGUUUGAAAUACAAAUGCAAAAUCCAAACAAGUAGAAAGAGAGACGAGAGAGAGAGAGAGAGAGAGAGAGAGAGAGAGAGAAUCCAGGAUCUACAUACCCAUUUCUCUCAGCAGAUCCAAUCAUGCCAUCAGGUUCAAAGAAGAGAAAAGCUGCAAAGAAAAAGAAGGAAAAGGGCGCCAACAACUCCACAACUCACUCUCAUGGAGAUGAAGAUCUGAAAGUCCAUGAUGAGAAAGAGAGUGAUGGAGGAGAGGCUAACUCUCCUGCAUCACAGGACCACCAUAACCACCAGCAUCGAUUUACUGAGGGAGAAGAGGAGGGGAUGGAGCAGAGAGAGGACAUUUCAUCUGUUAGAUCAAUGGUCACCGAGAAUGAAUCCAUGGUAGGAGUUAACAGCAAUGGAGACAGUACAGAGGAAGUGGCGAUGAAGGAGAACAAUGCUCAAAUUGAUUGGGAGUUGAAGCAUGAGGCUGAUUCUGACAGCAAGAACGGUAGUAUUGAGUAUGUUGAGUCUGUGAAGGAAUCACAUCAAUGA